AUGCGCAACUUUGCCAGAGACAGGAGUCACAUUGAGCGAGAAUAUGCACAGAAACUGGAGAGCUUAGCUAAAAAGUAUAAGCAAAACUCAAGAUCACGUAGUAACGAUUUGGCGACAAACGAUAAUGACUGGAAUGAUUCACCAAGCACUUGUCUUGCAACCUGGAAUACUCUUAUAGCACAAACAGAACAAGUUUCAAAGGCUCGCUUUCAACUUGUUGAUGAUAUCAACAAUAAAGUAAUCGAGUCUAUAAAAGCUAUUAUUUCUCGUAAAGAAGAUGCCCGAAAGAAGGCAAGUUCGAGGCUUUUGGGGUCUAUUGCCAAGAGUUUUCCUAUUCUUUUUGCACAAAGAAGACUUAAAUCCGAUAGAGAAAAAUCAUACACUGAAAAAGAUAAGGCGAAGCAAGCCUAUGAUGAUUCUUGUGCUGAAAUAGAGAUUAUUAAGGCUAAGAUAGACAAAGGUACUGGAGACCAAGAUAAGUACCAAAAACAGCUUGAUAUUGCCAUGUCAGAAUGUGGAAAUCGCAAGAACCUUUAUAUCCUUGCUCUUGGAGUAGCAAACGCAGAAAGAGCAAAGUAUUUUGAAGAGGAUAUGCCAAAGCUGGCCGAUUAUCUGGAGAAAUUGAACGAUUCUCGAAUUUUGGCAUUGCAAGAUAUAUUCAUAAGAUACAUUGAUUGCGAAGUGCAAGCAUUGUCUACAUCCUUAGAUCACCAUAAUAUUACCCUGUCAUCGGCAAAAAAGAUAGAUCCCGCAGUUGAUUCCAGUGCAUUUAUAAGAAGUGCUAUCGGGACAGGAGAUCCUGGGGAAACUGCAGCAAACGUGAGAUUUUCCUACAUUCCUUGGAACGGUGGUGUCAAUGCUGCCGAGGCUAUUGUAGACAGGGAUUCCAAUCUUACUACAAAUGAAUCCGACAUAAUAUUCCUUAACAACAGACUUAUUAAGGAUAAGAAGCAGCUCGACACAAUAACUAAUGAGCUUUCGCGAUAUUCAUCCGAGGCAGACGAGCUUAAAUAUAGAGUAGACGCUAUCCAGAGUAAAGGAUCUUUGGAAUAUGAUAAGGCUAUGGAGCUCUUGAUGGAAUCUCUUCGAAAUAUCACUCUCCAAACUACUCAAAUGGUUAAGGUGAAAAGCGAAAUAGAGGUUAUAGUACAGAACAUUGGAGACGAAGGGUUAAAAACCACCGGACAUGAUUUUAAGCCCUGUUCAUUCACAAUUCCUACAACGUGUGAUCUUUGUAGCAAUACUAUAUGGGGACUUUCCAAACAAGGAUUUACAUGCAGAGGUACCUGGGCUUCAUGUGGCUUUAACUGUCAUGCAAAAUGCGAAAUGAAAAUUACCCCAAACUGCUCGCUUGUGCGUGGAAAAAUAGACCGCCAACAGUCUUUUGCAAAAAGUCAGCCGUUUCUCUCUCAAGGAAAACAGCAAUCGAAAGAGAAAACCCGGAAUCUGUCCUUUGGUAGCUCAAUGGGUAUCACUCCAGCCAAUAUCUCAUCAAAUACAAACCCUAUACUACAAGUUAAUGAUCCUGCUAGUCUGCCUACAGUGCGUGCUCUGUAUUCUUAUCAUUCACAGUCGCCUGAUGAACUGAGUAUAGUUGAAGGCGACUCUCUUAGUAUCGUUGGAUCUAAAGAUGACACUGGAUGGAUUAAAGUCGCAAAGAAUGGACAGACUGGACUUGUUCCUGCAAAUUAUAUCGAUCUUGAAGCAUUUGAGCAGCAGACAUUGGACACGAUACCAGGCCAUACAUCUAAUCAACCUUCAUUUGAUGUUGACCCGAUCGAAGAUCAGACCAAUCAAACUUAUGUGAUUGAUGUUGUAGUGGCUCUUUACGACUUUACAGGAGUUGGCGAUGAUGAAUUGAACUUGAGACAAGGGGACAGAAUUGAGGUCACAAAGAAAGAAGAAAACGGCUGGUGGGAAGGUGUACUAAACCAAAAGGUUGGAAUUUUCCCAGCAAAUUAUGUCCGUCCUAGCGAAUAA